GCUGAACGUUUUGAUAUCUAAAUUGUAAAAAAAAGCACAAAAACUGCAGAAUGAGAUACGUGCUGAGUGAAUAUUACUGUAUAUUACUCACAUACAAAAUUAACUAGUUAUUAACUGGUAUUAUUUAAUAAAAAUGUCUGUUAACGUGUAAAAACAGAACAAAAAUAAAUUAUAUGAGCUGAUUAUUAUCAGUAACAGCAGGAAAAGCUUCCCUGCUGAGAACCGUCAGUGUUUUCACAUCUCUGAUCAUGAGGUCACUGCAGGAUUUCAUGUCACGUAAAGUCAAAUAACUGCAGCAUUAAAUCACASAGGCUCCGCCCCCUCUGUGAUUYAACUGCAGCAUUAAAUCACAGAGGCUCCGCCCCCUCUGUGACGUGUGUGGAGCCUGGCAGGAAUCAGGCCCUUCCUUGUAGAGAAAGUUAAAAACAGGAGUUCGAGUUCAUGUUCUGAUCAAACAGGAAGAGACAGCUGCAGAGAGCUGAAGCAGGCUCACAGAGCUGACAGGUGCGCAGCCACAGGUGACUCACCUGCGACAGGAAAGACCAUGUCUCGGAUCCUGGACGAGGAUCUCUGCUGCCCGAUAUGUCGUGACAUCUACCGGGAUCCUGUCAUCCUGUCCUGCAGCCACAGCUACUGCAGCUGCUGCCUGCAGAGCUGGUGGGACAGGAACGCGCUGCGGGAGUGCCCCGUCUGUAAGAAAAGAUCCCCCACCAGGAACCCUCCCUGCAACCGGGUCUUAAAAAACCUCUGCGAGCUGAUCCAGAGGAACCCGUCCGAGGCUUCGGACGGCACCGAGGGCGUCUGCCGUCUGCACUCGGAGCGCCUCGAGUUCUUCUGCGUGGACCACCAGGAGCCGGCGUGCCUCGUCUGCAAGCUGUCGGACGAACACGCCCACCACGAGUUCCGGCCCGCUGACGGCCGGCAGCUGAGGAUCGAGUUCAUGAAGCUCCUCCGGCCCUUCCAGGAGAAGCUGAAGCUCCUGAGCGACGCCAAGGAGGACUGCGAGAGCACCAUGAAGCACAACGAGGUCCAGGCCCAGCACGUGGAGGGCCGCAUCAAGGAGCAGUUCAGGAGGCUCUACAAGUUCCUCCACAAGGAGGAGGAGCAGAGGAUCAACGCCGUGAGGGAGGAGCAGCGGAGGAAGAGUCAGACGCUGCAGAGGAGGAUCAGCGCUCUGAGUAAGCAGAUCUCCUCGCUCUCAGACACCAUCCGGGACGCCGAGGACACAAACCGCCAAGACGCCUCCUUCCUGCAGGACUUCAGCCUCGCUGUGAGCAAGAUCCAAGGCCGGCCCCCACCUGAGAACCCUCAGCCCCCCUCAGGAGCGCUGAUGGAUGUGGCCAAACACCUGGGCAACCUGAGCUUCAACAUCUGGACCAACAUGAAGCAGCUGGUCUCCUACAGUCCUGUGGUUCUGGACCCAAACACGGCCCACAACAAGCUGGUCCUGACCGAGGACCUGACCAGCGUGAGGUGUGGACCCAAGCAGAACGUCCCCGACAACCCGGAGAGGUUCGACUGUUUCCACAUCGUCCUGGGCUCGGAGGGCUUCCACUYGGACACCCACAGCUGGGACGUGGAYGUGGGAGACAGCUCCGACUGGUUUGUGGGCGUGGCCUCCCAGAGCGUCAAGACGAAGGGAACCCACCCGUCGUCCCUGUGGAGGAUCGGACGCGUGAACGGGGAAUACGUGGCACGCUCCCUGUCGGAUCCGUCCACGCCUCUGGCUCCUUUGGGACAGCUCCGGAGGAUCAGGGUCUUCCUGGACUGCAGCAGAGGAAAGCUGCUGUUCUUUGACCUCGACACCAACACACACCUGCACACCUUCACGCACAUCUUCACUGAGAAACUGUUCCCGUACUUCAACACCGUCAACGCCUCGCCAAUGAAGGUCCUACCGGAGGAGGUCUUCGUGAGUCCGCUCUCUAAAGCGAGCACCUGAUACGAUCACAGAAACUCAAACCUGAGACUUUCCUGAAGAAGCACUGUGACAAAUCUGUAAAGAAACAAACCUUAUUUAGCCUCAUUAAUCACUAAAAAUGUUUUAACUGUUCGUCGAUCAAUCUGUAAAUGAAAAAAAUUGAUUUUUUUUUUCAUUUUUCUUUGGAAGUGUUUACCUGUAAUUUCACUUCCUGGUGUAAAAAGUGUAAAAAAUAUAAAUCAUAUAUCUGUAAAGCUAUGAUCAUCAAAUAAAGUUUAAAACUGA